CCAAGUUUCAAAAUGCUAGGGUAUAGGAUUAGCCUGCGUCCCUUGUAAAAAUGUUCGAACUUUCUACGUUCCACUAAAUUGAAUUUCUUUCGCCCUUACUCCACAUCUUGCUGUUUCUUCUAGUAAUAGGCAUGCAAUGUGCCCGCACGCUUCAAGAGCCAAACCACCGAUCUUCGGCAAUUGCUUUAGAUCCUCUCGCUGAGUCUAAUUCUGAGGCAUCAUCCUCUAUACAACGACGUAGAAGAUCGCUUGCUGCAGAGCACAACGGUUGCAAAAAUGCAAUACACGUUGACGUGCCAAAGCGUCAUUCCAUGGAUACCGCACGACUAUUGCAUUUGCGAGCUCAACAAUACCCUAAUGUUGUUUAUGACGAUAUUAAUACAACGAACGACGCUAUGUUCACCCAUACUGCUGGAAACAAUAAUAGCCAUCGACCGAGCUCCGUCGUACACAAUAUCGUUGAUAGCAUUACGGGACGUCGUCCGAGCAGUAGCCUUCAAUUUGUACGGCUUGAGGAAGGCUCAGAGACGCAACAGGUAGAGCGUGAUAAUGUGUCUCGACGGAGUCUUCGAGAUAGCCAAUUGUUAAACGGGAUUACAAUGCCGUCCGUGCUCACGGCGGAUGAUGAAGACGAAGCCUACCGUGAACGAUAUUAUCCGGCAUGUGUACAACAAAGAAAUUCUUGCCUGUCAGCCUUCUCAUCCGUCCGUCCAGCCACUUUGGCCUCUCGCCCGCCGAGUUACAAAAUAAACGACACUGCUGAACAGAACCAACAAAGACAACAAGAAUGGGAAGCAUUGGUGCACCUGCAACAAUUGUAUCAACGCGAACGAAGGUUGCAAAGCGGUGGUGGAUGGUUACAAGCGCUCGUAUGGAACUCGGGAGAAGAAGAGCGAAACAACCGAUUACGGUGGAAAGAUGCAUUUUCAGCCUGUUUAAAUGAGCAGUUUCAUGGCUUCCAUAUGGCAUUUUGGAUCGUACUUUUGGCGUUCGUCGGGGCCAUCUCCGUAUUUUUGCCCGGUAUUUCCAGUGCUGCCUUUGCCCUAUGGAUCCCCCUUGUAGUAUAUGCAGCAAUUGCCGUAUUCAUGGUCCAUCAUCGACGCCAACGAAGGCGAAAGAUACAGCGUCUUGAGUACCAAGUGGCACAGGCUCGUGAACAAAGAAUUCGAGAACUUAUGGCGGCGGUGGAGCUACCUGAAAAUCAUUACUUUGUUACGGAUUAUGCAACGAGUAGUCGCCAUACCCAUCCAGUUACCACGCUGCUGCCGCCUCCUCCGUCGUAUCACUAAUGGCGACACAGAAAUGCUUCCAUCGAAUAUAGCUCCACAAGAGCGAGUUGAAGAAUAUGAUUUCAGUGGCCAAGGAGACGAAGAAUGGCAGAGAGAACAUAUGGAAGCGAUUGCACACAGAAGAGCAACAACAAACGGUUCAUGUUGAGCAGCAACAGCCACGCAGCAAUAGCAAUCAGCGUCUAUAGACAAAAAU